AUGAGCGCACCGCCGAGCAACACGCCGACGUUUAAGCUCAUCCUCGUCGGUGACGGUGGCACCGGGAAGACGACGUUCGUGAAGCGUCACUUGACUGGAGAGUUUGAGAAGAAAUAUUUGCCCACGGUGGGCGUGAGCGUGCACCCGUUGGACUUCCACACGAACUGCGGUCCCAUUCGCUUCGACUGCUGGGAUACGGCGGGACAGGAAAAGUUUGGUGGCUUGCGUGAUGGGUACUACAUUCACGGACAGUGCGCGAUCAUCAUGUUCGACGUGACGUCGCGGACGACGUAUAAGAAUGUGCCGACGUGGCACCGCGACAUCACGCGCGUGUGCGAAGACAUUCCGAUCGUGUUGUGCGGGAAUAAGGUCGACGUGCGCAACCGCCAGGUGCGCGCUAAGUCGAUCACGUUCCACCGGAAGAAGAACUUGCAGUACUACGAGUUGUCGGCCAAGUCAAACUACAACUUUGAAAAGCCGUUCUUGUACCUCGCGCGCAAGUUAAGCGGUAACCCGCAGCUUCAAUUUACCGAAUCCCCGGCGCUCGCGCCGCCGACCGUCACCGUCGAUUUGGCGGAGGUGGCGGCGUACGAGAAGGAGCUCGCGGACGCCGCGGCGCAGCCGUUGCCGGAUGAGGACGACGAGUUGCUCGACGCGUAG